AUGCCUAAGCAACCGACCCAGAAGGUGACGACUGGUGCUCGCCGCACCAAGUCCAAGAAGGACCCCGCUGCUCCUAAGCGUCCGCUGAGUGCGUACAUGUUCUUCAGCCAGGACUGGCGUGAGCGUGUGAAGGCGGAGAACCCUGACGCUGGCUUCGGUGAUGUCGGCCGUCUUCUCGGUACCAAGUGGAAGGAGAUGAGCGAUGAGGAGAAGAAGCCGUACAUUGAGAUGGCCAACAAGGAUAAAGAGCGUGCAGAGAAGGAGAAGGCUGAGUAUGCGCAAAACAAGGCCUAA